AUCUGUCAACGGUUUUCAUUCAACAAGUGCAUUAUGGGAGCAGCGGAUGAAUGAAUGGUGGCCGCUUUCCGUGCGUUCCUAAUCAAGAAUUGUAAUCGGUGCAGAGGGUGUACGAGACGCAUCACACCCCCGAGUGCAUCUGGUGCAAUUUCGUGCAGUUGUGCAGGCAUUCGGACAGACACGCACACCGUGCGUGCAAGUGACGUGCGCGCGCGCUACCCCUGUGAUAUGCGCUUCGUCGCGGCAUUCUCCACAACCAAAGCGAGCGCCCAGCAAUCCGAUAAGAAGAGGUCAUCCCCGAUGAACCUAACCCACGCACCCCGAGCGGAGCCGCUGUAUUUGUAAUCUUUUUUCAUACAAACACACACGAUUUAGCUUUAAAGACGCCAACAUGUUUUGGAAGUAUAAUAAUCCCUCGUCGUCGCAGCUGGAGACUAUUCUCAGCAAACAAGAUGUUACACUUAAAGAAGUCAUGGAUGAAGAGGACAUUUUAAAUGAGUGCAAAGCUCAGAAUAAACAACUACUAGAAUUUUUGAUAAAACAAGAAGUCUUGCAAGAGUUGGUAACCCUGACUACAACAGAACCACCCGAGGAUAUAGACGAACGCUCCCGAUUUAAAUACGCUAAUAUUGCCUGUGAGAUGAUAACUUGCGACAUUCCGUCGUUGAAUGAGCGUCUCGCCGGCGAUGAAACACUCCUGUCGAAACUAUAUGCCUUUCUGGAUCGGGAGCCGCCUCUGAAUCCACUGCUAGCGUCGUUUUUCAGUAAGAUAAUGGCCGUCCUCAUCGCGAAGAAAACCGAGCAGAACUGGUUGUCUAACCAGGUUACGUGUAUCCAAGUUAUUGACUUCCUGAAAGCAAAGGAUAACUUUGUCCAGCUGCUGCUCAACCACAUCAGUACAUCGGCGAUAAUGGAUCUUACGCUCAAGUUGAUGACGCAGGUCGUUGAAGUUCGACAAAAUAUUUUAAAUUAUUUGGACAGUCAGCGAAUAAUUCAAAAUUUAGUCGCUUUGUUGGAUCCGAAGGUAGACAGCGGCCGGCAUAAUAAUGUUGCUCAAUUGUUGCGCGAUUUUAUCGUGCAAGCGAGAGAUAAUCAGCGCAAUUCUACUGAACGUAUUGAUCCCGAUCCAUUGCUAAAUGCUUUAGAAUCACCUGAAACGGUGGCUUUACUCUUGGACCACAUUCUGGCCGAGGAAAAAUGCGAGACUGCUAUUGUUGGCGGUAUUCAAGUACUUUUAGAAUUGUUAGACGCCAAUAAAACUAACAUUCCGUUUGCAUUCAAUUACCCAAACGCCAACUACGAUGACCAGAAUGACAACGAUGGCCGCCAGCGCGUGGUGGAAUCAACGCUGAAAGAAAUCCAGAAGCGUUUGAAAGACUUUCACAACCUGCUGCUGGAUCCGCCGAAGAAGGCGUCCAUAUUAACCACGGUGGGGUUGUUGGAACCACCGUUGGGGAAUACCCGGCUGCAGGUGACGCGCCUUCUUGCUACGUUGAUUUCGAUAGGCGGUGGUGAACUGGCGCAGGAGGUGAUCUCUCUUGGCACCAUGUCGGUUCUCAUCGAUCUGUUCUUCGCCUUUCCGUGGAAUAAUUUUCUGCACACGCAAGUCCAGGCGUGCAUCUCCGCCGCCCUCAAUUUUAAUCUGCCCUCCGAUCAGGGUGAUAACAUUGCCUUAUCUAAACAUUUAUUAGUUAAUUGCAAAUUAGUCGAAAGGAUUUUAGAAGCUUGGAAGGAGAAUGAUGAAAAAAGUGAAACGAGUCCAAUUGGAAACGCACGCCGCGGCUACAUGGGCCACCUAAUUAAUAUAGCGAAUAUUCUAGUAAUAAUGUGCUCCGAUACUCCAUUAGGCAUAAUGCUUAAAGAUAAUUCGCCGGAGACUGCCGAGGCGCUGCGCGCUUUCAACGAGAAUACGCUGACCGAGGCCAAUCGCGUACGGGAAGCUCUGCUGGCUGGAGUUCAUCCGCACACAGUGAACGAAGACAGCGAUGAAUACGAGAUAUCAUUUCCUACCGCCGGUUCCGGCUCACAAAUUUUCACCGAUUACCAAAACCAACAGCUAUCUCUGGCAAAUUUCUACGAUGCGUACGGUGCGUACAAUGAUGAGGACUUUGAAUUCAAGGACGGUGAAGAUGCCUUACCAACAAUUGAAAGCCGUUCCGGUAUGAAUUUCGACCUCUCCGAAGGCGAUUUGGUACAGCAGCACGAAUUGUUUAAGCAGGUGUGUGCGCAGAAUAUCAACACAUUGGAUGAUGCGGACGAUCAAAUUUUCGAUGAGAAGGAACACACUUUUCAGACGGUUAUUGAAAAAGAUGCAGAGCGCAACAGUAGUAGUGAUAGCGAGGAAGGUGAUGAUCCUUUGAUGGAAGCUGAAUUGUGGAAUAGGCCGAAUGAAGCAAGCGAAGCUCCGUCGAUGAUUAUCUCCGAGGAUCCAUGGGGAGCUAAAAGUGACACGGCAAGUACAGGUGGCAGUGAUUGGGCCAACUUUAGCGUUGCUGUGUUUGACGCUAAGUUUGAUACAAUCGAGAAACCAAAUGAAGCUGUGGCGCCAGUACCAGAAAAUGAUUUGAAGAUUGAAAAUGUCGAGACGGAAGCAGAGGAAUCGCCAACUGGAGUCAAACAGGAGAGUAUCGAUAUUGCUCAAUUACAAAUCGAGGAAAAUGCAGUUGCAUCGACAACUAACGAGACUUCCGCAACAAAAGACAACCAACAAGUGCAGAACAAAGAAACAUCCAAGAUGGAAACCGAUACAAUGCAAAAGGAGGCCGUAGUAAAGUCGGAGGUCACGCCGCCCGCAAUUCCGCUCCCGGAAGCGUGAGUUCGCCCGUUGGGAGAGACGACAUAUCACGUUAGAAUGUCUCCGUGUGCGUGUGUGUGUGCAACGCCAUUGCCGAAAAUCAUGCGGACAGAUUGUACAGUAUUUUGUAAUUACCAGGUUUUAAUCGUCACCCAGACUAAACAAAACACUACAUACGAGCAACAGGAAAGCAACCAAACCUAAAAUAAACUAUAUUAAUGUAAUCGACUGUAAACGCCCCGCAAAAUGAGUGCUAGAUUUUCACGCCGACCCCACCCACGCUCACACGAAAGCCAAAAACUGAAAAAUCACUAAAUAACCGCAUUUGUUUGGGUAAAAAUCUUUAAAUUUCGAUCUGUUUCAAUAUUUUCUACAUUCAACAAAGCAAUAUGCAUACGAACAACACACAUAAUGUAAAAUGGAUUUUUGUGCAAUUGAAUAUUCCCAAAUCACACACAGACUGGUUUCUGAAUGAAAACUGAUGAAAAUGCACCUAGCGAAUGAAAUUUGGCGAAAAUAUCUGUUCAGUAUUGUGAUAUCGAUGGAGGGAAAGACGUUUUUACAUGUUUCAGUUUUAUAGUGAAUUUGCUAAACGCUGCACAUUGUUCGAUUGGCAACUGAAUCAAAAACCAUUCAGUUUUCGAUCGGAUGACGUGAAUAAUUAGAACAGAUUUUAAAUGCACCGAAUCACGCCUAGUGUGAUCGCAUGUGAUCGCUCUGUUCGAUAUAUACAUAUAUGAAAACUAUAGUAAUUACUUUAUCGUGCCUGUUAAAACGAGGAACUGUGUCGUACCAAAAAAAUGAAAACACUGAGAUAAUGAGGAUGUUGUUUUUACCGCAUCGUUUUUUAUCAUGUUUGGCGAACUUUUUAUAUCGUAGAUACUUAAUUUUAAACGCGCGCGCAUUAAUCAAUUUUUUACCCCGCAUUUUUAAAUCUAUACAGUCCUGAAAAUAAUAUCACACUUCUUUUAUAUAUACACGUUUGCAAACGCAUCAUUUUUAUAUUAUUGAAUUUAUUUGUUGUUGUUUAACGAAGAAGACGGGCGCAGACUGUGCAACUAUAACUUCUGUGAUUAUAGAUUGUGACAAAAAAAACAAACUUCUUUCACGCAUUAGGUUUUAUUGGUAGAACGAUUGUACACACGAUGCGAUAAUGCGUUUGUUUCUUUAAUUGAUUGUUUUUUUUUUAUUAUGAUUAUUAUUAUUGGGCGUAAGAUUUGAUCGAAUACUGUGAAUUGUUCUCUCCCAUCGUACAGUGCCUAGGCAUACAGUUGAUUGUAUUUGUAAAUCAUUCACUUUAUUGUUACUAUUAAAUGUUUUCAUUGUUUUCGAGAUGGAUGAGAUGAAAAUAAUGAUGAGGAAUGUGUUAGCGGGAGGAUGAACAAACAAAUGAGGAACGAUUGUAAACGAAAUGUAAAUUUAAACUUACUUUAUUGGUUUCAGUAAAGCAUUUUAGACAUGA